AUGGAGAUCGGCACUCGACGAACCACGAGGACCAUUGAGUCUAUUUGUACAAUUGCUGGCACCAGAAUUCCGAGUGUACCACCGAUUCCACCUGAUUCCGUCCCUAACCUCGAGUCUAUCCGCAAGGUGUACGAUGUUGCGUUUGCUCCGGGUCUCGACCGACUGUUGGAGACAGGGCAGUCAAAAUGGUUUUCCAACCACGGUUUUCCUUUACUCUGCACGGACCGCACUCGCCUGGGCAAUAUGUUGGCGUAUCUAACGUUGGUGAGCAACCACGCAGACACACCGGUGGAGAAUGCGACCUUGGCCAGUCAAGAAGCCCGGGUCACCUGGGCCAUGCUCGAACUGUGCGUUCGACCCGAACAUGACGGCGGUGAAGAGGCAGAUCAACUGGCGCUCCGAUGCCGGGCACUUGGUGCGAUUCUGACGGGAGAAUCCUUCAGCAACCCCACGGCCUCCAUGUCGGAUUUUGUGCAUCAAGAUGAAGCUGAGCCAGAACCAAAAGAGACGACGCUCGAGAAACAGCUGGCACGGAGAUCCGAGGAAUUCUGGAAGUUGGUCGAAGCGGCAGCUGCGACGCAGUCUUCCUCUAGCCCCGGCCUGUCGGGGGCGGCGGUGCGUCGGUGUCGGUCCUUUCUCGAUGGCCUGGAGAACAGGGACAUAAUCUACAGUAUAAUGCUACUUGCGACAGGAGGAAACGGUGAUCUCACUUCGGAACGAGAACUUGCAAAGAGAUACCUGGAAACACAGGCAAAUGGACGUGCUACGAAUCAAGUAUUUGCGACUAUAUCCGGCAUGGCGUUGAGGGCGUUUGAGGCCUGA